UUUUAUUUUUUAAAAUGUCCUGUAAUCUACGAAGUUUAUUAUUAUUUUUUCUCCACACCGAUGAGGAAGGCGCGCCCCCUGCUGGCGCGUGUGUGUACGAGCACCUUUUUCUUUUCUCUUUCUUUUUUUUGGGGGGUAAUUGCACCAGUUCCCAUUAAACAGGUAGCAGCGGAGUGCGCACGCGCGUCAUCAUCAUCAUCAUCAUCAUCGCGUCAAAGCUUUGCGGUUUCAUACGGGACACGACGCACCAGUGAGGGAGGGAGAGAGAGGGAGAGAGAUAUUGAGAGGUAGAGGAGGGAUCUGGAGAGAUCACGAGAGGCGGACUUGCGGAGAAGGAAGGCUUUGACGCGGCGUAAAGAGACGCGGAUUUUAGACGCGGUGCAAACGAGCAGUGAUGAAGGCAGCGGGCUUGUCCGCGGCGGCGCUCGCGCUGCUGAUGGUGACGGUGCUUUCGGUGCCGGGCGCGCGCGCGGCUGCGUCGCCGGUGGUGAUGGACGGCGGAGACAUCUCGUUCGAGUAUCACCGCUACGAGGAGAUGCGCAAAGCUCUGGUGUCCGUGUGGCUGCAGUGUCCGUCCAUCGCGCGCAUCUACACCGUGGGAGAAAGCUUCGAGGGCCGCGAGCUGCUCGUGCUGGAGAUGAGCGACAACCCGGGCGACCACGAGCCUGGUGAGCCUGAAUUUAAGUACAUUGGGAACAUGCAUGGCAAUGAAGCGGUUGGCAGGGAGCUGUUGAUCUAUCUGGCUCAGUAUCUGUGUAAUGAGUAUCAGCAGGGCAACGACACCAUCGUCAACCUGAUCCACUCCACCCGCAUCCACAUCAUGCCCUCCAUGAACCCCGACGGCUUUGAGAAAGCCGCCUCACAGUCUGGAGAAAUGAAGGACUGGUUCGUGGGACGUAGCAACGCUCAGGGUAUCGAUCUGAACCGGAACUUUCCGGACCUGGACCGUAUCGUCUACAUGAACGAGAGAGACGGAGGAGCGAACAACCACCUGCUGAAAAACAUGAAGAAGGCCGUAGAUGAAAACGCUAAGCUCGCUCCUGAGACGAAGGCAGUAAUUCACUGGAUUAUGGACAUCCCAUUUGUCCUGUCAGCCAACCUCCAUGGAGGAGAUGUGGUGGCCAAUUAUCCAUACGACGAAACCCGAAGUGGAUCUACUCACGAGUACAGCGCCAGCCCUGAUGACCUGGUGUUUAAGACCUUGGCGAAGGCGUACUCCAGCUACAACCCGGUGAUGUCAGACCCUAAUCGAGCACCGUGCCGCAAAAAUGAUGAUGACUCCAGUUUCAAAGAGGGCAUCACCAAUGGAGGGGCCUGGUACAGCGUGCCUGGAGGUAUGCAGGACUUCAACUACCUGAGCAGUAACUGUUUUGAGAUCACGCUGGAGUUGAGCUGCGACAAGUUCCCACUGGAGAACACGCUCAAAAUGUACUGGGACCAGAACCGCAACUCCCUCAUCAACUAUAUCGCACAGGUUCAUCGUGGCGUGACGGGUUUCGUGCGUGAUCUUCAGGGAAAUCCCAUCUCCAACGCCUCCAUUUCCGUGGAGGGCAUUGACCAUGACAUUACCUCAGCUAAGGACGGUGAUUAUUGGCGCCUGUUGGAUGCUGGUAACUACAAAGUUUCAGCCUCAGCUCCUGGAUAUCUUACCGUGACCAAGAAAGUGGCUGUUCCACACAGCCCUGCUGUUCGGCUCGAUUUCGAGUUGGAGUCCUUGGAGGAACGGAAGGAGGAAGAGAAGGAGGAGCUUAUGGAUUGGUGGAAGAUGAUGUCAGAGACGCUGAACUUCUAGGUUGUGGUUCCGAAACGCUGAUUUUUGACUGAGCAUCCUGGGUGUAAAAUAUUUAAUCGAUGUUGUAUGUGUGCUCAUUUACAUUCUAGUAGCUUUUUUUGUUAGGGGCACUACACGUGGACUCGAAUGCUUAACUUAGCGACACGACCUCGGGUUCUUCAGUAUAGGAGGAAGGACGAAAACUGCCGUUCAGUGCAGUUUCACUAAUCACAGCGUCCUCAUGUCGUGCUCUGCCAUUCACGUAUUGAUGGUUUCUUUUCUGCAAAUAUUGAUGUGCAUUUAGCGGAUAGGUGUUGUUUGCAAGAAUAUGCUAACUGUCAGCUGCCUGUGUGGGCGUACAGGGGCGCUUGAAAGUUUGUGAACCCUGAAGAAUUGUCUGCAUUUCUGUGUAAAUACGACCUAAAACAUCAUCCGAUUUUCACACGAGUCCUAAACGUAGGCGGAGAGAACCCGAUCAAACAAACGAGGCGGAAAUAUUAUACUCGGUUAUUCAUUCAUCCGGGUCCUCAGAAAUCUCCUUGAUUUCAAACAAUACACUUCCACAAGACGUUGAAUUAAAUAAAAACUUUCCUAUAAAAACUAAACCGCUCACGCACACCUGAUCGUCAUCCCACUGAUUGAAUU